GCCCGGCUCAGUCUCCCCCUGGCCCGCCCUCCUGAGGCCUUGUUUCUCGUCGCAGUCCUGUAGUCCCCUUUCCCGCAGCCAUUCCUUUUGCUCGCAUUGGCUCUCUCUCCCUGCCUCGCGCUGGGUUGAGGUGUGAGAGGUAGGUUCCGUGGGAGCCGGUGAGGCCUGCCCGGUGCCCAGGGACCGCCUCCUCCGUUUGUGAGUUUCUCGUCCACACCCGCUCGGUCCGCCCACGGAGAGAGGCACCGAGCACCGAGUGGCCAAGCCCGACGUGCGGUCCCGGUGAUUCCCCAAAGGGACCGACCCUGUGAAAUGUCACCUGAGGUGCCUGGACCUCAGUCUCCUCAGCAGUGAGGUUCUCUGGGAAAGAUUGCUGGUCUCCACGCCUUUUUGUUGUUGUUUUCGUCCUGCAUUGCUUGCCGAGAUGACCCAUAGCAGGGCAUGGCUGGGAACCCCGAAGCCAGAUUCCCUUUGGCAACUGGGGGCCGAGGGAGCGCUGGGACCACAGCUCCCCGCCAUGCGGUGAUGCGGGCUGGGCUGUAGGCCAUGAGAACGCCAUUCUGUUUGGGCUCCGAGAGUGCCAUUCCUGGGACAGGCUAAAUGGAGAAGGACCGCACCGUCGUUGCUGCUCUACCGCAAGAACUGUGCGAGCAUUGGUCUGUCCGCUGCAUUCUGUUUCCGGUGUCCUGUCGGUUUCAGGACAGGUGUUCGGAGCGGGGUUAACAGCACCUGGUCUCCCCGGUCACCUGCUUUCAGUGCUGACCUUUUUGUUUUUCCUCAGGUGACUCUGGAGAAACCCUGCCUCUGCUGGAGCCGGCACGACCCGGCAGCAGAACCGUGAGCUGCAGUGACGCAGAGGUCUAGGACUAUGAGCUCCGUAACGGCCCUGAGUGAACCCAGGCUGAAUUGGGAUGUCGCCUCAAAAAAUGGCCUUAAGACAUUUUUCUCUCGAGAAAAUUAUAAAGAUCAUUCCAUGGCUCCAAGUUUGAAAGAACUAUGUAAUUUAUCUAACAGACGUAUAGGAGAGAAUUUGAAUGCCUCAGCAAGUUCUGUAGAAAAUGAGCCGGCGGUUAGUUCAGCAACUCAAGCAAAGGAAAAUGUUAAAACCACAGUUGGAAUGGUUCUUCUUCCAAAACCAAGAGUUCCUUAUCCUCGUUUCUCUCGUUUCUCACAGAGAGAGCAGAGGAGUUACGUUGACUUGUUGGUUAAAUAUGCAAAAAUUUCUGCUAAUUCCAAAGCUGUUGGAAUAAAUAAAAAUGACUACUUGCAGUACUUGGAUAUGAAAAACCACGUAAAUGAAGAAGUUACUGAAUUCCUAAAGUUUUUACAGAAUUCUGCAAAGAAAUGUGCACAGGAUUAUAAUAUGCUUUCUGAUGAUGCACGUCUCUUCACAGAGCAAAUUUUAAAAGCUUGCAUGGACCAAGUGAAAAAGUAUCCAGAAUUCUAUACUCUCCAUGAAGUCACCAGUUUAAUGGGAUUCUUCCCAUUCAGAACAGAGAUGGGAUUAAGGUUAGAAAAGACUCUUCUUGCACUGGGUAGUGUGAAAUAUGUGAAAACAGUAUUUCCCUCAAUGCCUGCAAAAUUGCAACUCUCAAAAGAUAACCUAUCUACCAAUGAAAUACCUGAACAAACAGCUGCAGCUAUGCAUUACGACAUUAGUAAAGAUCCAAAUGCAGAGAAGCUUGUCUCAAGAUAUCACCCUCAGAUAGUUCUAACUAGUCAAUCAUUAUUUGCCUUAUUAAAUAAUCAUGGACCGGACUACAAGGAACAGUGGGAAAUUCCAGUGUAUAUUCAACUAAUACCUGUUGCAGGUUCAAAACCGGUUAAAGUAAUUUAUGUUAAUUCACCACUUCCCCAAAAGAAAAUGACAAUGAGAGAGAGAAAUCAAAUCUUCCAUGAAGUUCCAUUAAAAUUCAUGAUGUCCAAAAAUACAUCUUUUCCAGUCUCUGCAGUAUUUAUGGACAAACCAGAAGAUUGUGUGCCUGAAAUGGAUUCCAUCUUUGGAAAUGCCCCUUGGAAUCUUGGGAGGGAAAAGAUGUCUCAUGAAGUUAAUGACUGCCGAAAAAUUGAAACCCUUGAAAAUUUGGAUCUGGAUUUUGAUGAUGAUGUCACAGAACUUGAAACUUUUGGAGUAACCACCACCAAACCAUCAAAGUCCCCAAGUCCAGCAAGCACUUCCACAGUACCCAAAAUGCCAGUUGCUCCCAGAGCCCCCAGUGCAGCAUCCACACCUGUGGCACCAGCUGCACCAGCUGCACCAGCUGCACCAGCUGCACCAGUAGACAUUUCUGCUCAUGCUAGAAGUUUAUCUCAGAUUCUAAUGGAACAAUUGCAAAAGGAGAAACAGCUGGUGACUGGUAUGGACGGUGGCCCUGAAGAAUGUAAAAAUAAAGGUGAUCAGGGAGUUGUACUAUGUGCUGAGAAGGUAUCAGAUAAUUCUGACAAGCCUCUGGUGCAAGAUGGUGACUUGCAAACAUCUGAUGAGUUACAGUUAGGAAGUUCUGUGGAAAUGGAAACCUCUAAUAAAAAUGACAUGGCUACUGAUACAGUGUGUGCUGAUGAAAGACUAAAUAUUCCAGAGAGUACUGACAAUUCAAAGGAAGAGACUGUUACAUCAGAAGCAGAGAAAACUGAGGAUGUAAUUCUUUGUCAUAGUGAUACAGAUGAAGAAUGUUUAAUCAUUGAUACAGAGUGUCAAAAGAAUAGUACCGUAAAGACAGCUGAUGUGGGUUCUAACUUAAAUUCUAAACCAGCCAGCCCAAAUUCUUCUUCAGGACAGGCUUCUGUAGGAAACCAGACUAAUACUACUUGUAGUCCUGAAGAGUCCUGUGUUUUAAAAAAACCUAUCAAACGAGUAUAUAAAAAAUUUGACCCAGUUGGGGAAAUUUUAAAAAUGCAAGAUGAACUCUUAAAGCCAGUUUCCAGAAAAAUACCUGAAUUGCCUUUAAUGAAUACAGAAAAUUCUAAACAACCUCCUGUUUCCGAGCAACCCUCUGCUCCUUCAGAUGCCACUACUUGGCCAAAAACUGCAUGGACCUCUGCAUUUCAGAAGCCAAAAGGACGAUUGCCAUAUGAACUUCAGGACUAUGUUGAAGAUACAUCAGAAUAUGUAGUUCCUCAGGAAGGAAAUUUUGUUUACAAGUUAUUUAGCCUGCAAGACCUGCUGUUACUUGUACGAUGCAGUGUCCAGAGGAUAGAGACCAGACCACGUUAUAAAAAACGGAAGAAAAUCAGAAGACAAGUCCCAGUAUAUGUUCUUCCAAAAGUGGAGUAUCAAGCUUGUUAUGGAGCUGAAGCUCUGACUGAAAGCGAACUGUGUCGCCUGUGGACUGAAAGUUUAUUGCAUUCCAACAGCUCCUUUUAUGUUGGUCAUAUCGAUGCUUUUACUUCAAAGCUUUUCUUGCUAGAAGAAAUUACCUCAGAAGAAUUAAAAGAAAAAAUUUCAGCACUCAAGAUUUCAAGUUUGUUUAAUAUCCUCCAACACAUUCUAAAGAAAUUAAGUAGCUUGCAGGAGGGUUCCUACUUGUUGUCCCAUGCAGCAGAAGAUUCUUCUCUCCUGAUCUACAAGACCUCUGAUGGAAAAGUUACUAGGACAGCAUACAAUUUGCAUAAAACACAUUGCAGCCUUCCUGCUGUACCUUCCAGUCUCUCAGUUCCCUGGGUUCCAUUAGACCCCAAUCUGUUGUUACCAUAUCAUAUACAUCAUGGAAGAAUACCUUGUACUUUUCCACCUAAGUCACUGGGUCCCACAACACAACAAAAGAUUAGUGGAACAAGAAUGCCUACACACAGCCGCAGGAAUCCAGUUUCCACGGAAACCAAAAGCCUGCCUGCUCAGCAAGUUGAAAAUGAAGGAGUGGCUUCAAAUAAAAGAAAAAUAACAUAAGGACUCUAUCGUGGAAAAUGAAGAAGAAACAGUUAUAGCCGUUCAAUUCAGAAAAGUUUGAGGGGACACAUGCCUAAAAGAUCAGUAGACAAGAUGAACAUUUUUCCUGUAGUGUCCUUGAGAGUUCUUAGAGUGCCUUGAAAAAAUGUGUUGGCUGUGUGGGAAUGUUUUAACUAAAAUGGAAUGCUAUACUCUUAACUCUUGAUGUUUGAGGAGAACCUAGAUAUGUUUUAACAUUAUCAUGGCAGGUAAAUAUAUAGCAAAGAAAAUUAUUUUUGUAAUAAACCUUUUUCAAAAAUUAUAAAUAGGAAAAUAAUUUGCUUUUUUUUCAAGAGCAACACUUAUUGUGUGUUAUAUUAAUUGAGCUAUAUCACCAGCCUGCUGAGAAUGGCUCAAAAGGUUAAGCCUUGCCACUGUCAGAGAUAAUUUGAGCAACAUGAAACCUUGUUUCUGACCAAUUGUGACAGUUUUUAUAUAUGAUUUUUAAAUGAUGAUUGUUGCAGGUUAAUAAAGUUAAUACCUUUAAAA